UUUAUGCAGUGGGCGAUUGCGCACGCCGAGUACACACCGCUGAGAGGAACAUGGCGCUUGCAAAAUAAUCACAGUGAAAAGAUUAUGUAGCUACAUAAAUAAAACAUAACAUAUCGUUGUUUAAUUUGUACCCUUCAUAAAAUCAUUGGACUCGCGUCAAAAACCUAGGCUUGAAAUCAUGACUACCUGGUCGGAAAAAAUGCUCCAGGUGCUUCGUCGAAUGAAUAACUUUUAUUCGCCAGGCUCCAGUCGCACCACAUGCCUUCGGUUUGAGGUGGGAGGAGAGCAAGUUGGGUGGGUGCCUUCCAAAGUGGCGUCCAUUUUGAGUACAUUUCCAGAGGUCUUCAAUCCACCACAAGGUGGCGCUAUUACUCUGUGCCAAAAUCUUGACUCCUAUGGGAGGAGGUCAGAUGCUGUUGAUUCUGUUCUUCAGUCACUUAGGAGGGAAGGCUUGUUGACUGUCUUGAAAGGAUGGAGAAAUGAGUAUGAAGUAAUGCCCAGAUUCUGCGACACUCCACUAAUGUGUAUGGAGAGAUCUGCCACAAGCCUUUUUGGAGUGAAACGGUAUGGAGUCCAUAUUAAUGGGUACUGCCAGGGUGAAAAUGGGGAACUCAGGAUGUGGGUGGGACGACGAUCCAUGACCAAGCAGACCUACCCUGGAAAACUGGACAACCUGGCAGCUGGGGGACUAGCAGCAGGUAUCGGUGUGAAAAACACCCUGAUCAAGGAAUGUGAGGAGGAGGCCUGCAUCCCAGAAGACAUAGCAGAGACUGCCCGCCCCGUAAGCACAGUGAGCUAUACUUAUGAGGAUGAGGAAGGGGUGUUUCCUGAAAGCCAGUUUGUGUUCGACUUGGAGCUACCUCCUGAGUUCAAGCCUAAGAUAGGGGAUGGAGAGGUGCAAGAGUUCUACCUCUACUCCAUGGACAAGGUGAAAGAACUACUGAUCAGUGACGACUUCAAGCCCAACUGUGCCAUGGUGGUCCUAGACUUCCUCAUCAGACAUUCCUACAUACAGCCUGAUACAGAGCCCUAUUACCAGGAGUUUGUUGCUGGACUCCACCACACUUUGUAAAUACUGAAGUGAAAAAUGUUACAUGAGGGAUGGCCAGGAGAUGCACUCCUUUCUCGAUGCCUUGAUCUAUUCUGUCAAAUGUUCAAUCUUGUACUGUUUUGUAACAGAAUCGUGAAUAAAUUCCAUUCAUAUCUUGGGA